AUGGAUCAUUAACUUUACACUCCUGCAAUAAGGCCAAAAGUCUAAUAGCAAAGCCACCAUGACCAAAACCACAGCUAUGUCCCAUAAUAGAAUAAACUCCCCCCACAUUUAGAAGGGAAUACCUAUUAGCAGGCAAAGCAAUAACUUUUAAGAAACAGGUCUUAGCCAGAGAUAUUGAACCACAAAAUUACUUUUGAUAAUGUAAUAAAAAAGAGCCAAUUUGAUAGAGUAGUGAACUACAAUGAAAGAAAAUUAUUCUCAUAUGACUCAAAUAUCUUGUUUGGACAUAACAGCGAUGCAUAUAAGCAGUCAAUGUUUAGUAUAGCCAUUCCAGAGCUUUAAAGCGAGGAAACUAAGCAUGAAGGGCCUUCCUUAAUAGAGUAACUACCACCAGCUGAGUAGUGGAAAAGAGAUAGAUUGGCAGAGAUGGCAUAAUUAGACCCAGCCAGGAGAUAAGAAAUCGAUGCUUUUGAUGAAGUUUAAAAUAUUACCAAUGACGCUUUAUCAAGCAAAUAUGAAGGUGUCGUGCUUGAAUAAAUGUCUGAGUUUUUCUCUUCAUAUAAAUAGCAGCCUAAGAAAUCAAGUUUCACUGCUGUAAAGAUUUUUAGACUUCUAGGUAAGCAUUAUCCUCUCCUUUAUUUUGAUUCAGAGUUGAUGAAUCCAUCAUUCAAGAGUUUCUUUACAAGGGACCCAUUUGAAAUGUUAAUUCACUUGAUCUCAGGAUUGCAUGAUGAUUUGAAUCGUGCUCCUAAUCGUGGAUAGAUGGUAGGUGCAAAUUCCUAUCCAGCAUUUUAAGGAAAUGGAAUAGUAGAGUUAGAUUAUAUUCAAGCUGAUAAAUGGGAUAAAUUCUUUAGAGAGAAAGACGAUUCCCCUAUAAUCGAUAUGUUUCAAGGUAGAAUACUUAAACACAUUUAAUGUCUACUUUGCUAUAAUCCAAAGCUAAUCUUUGAAAAUUUCAUGAGUCUCAACUUGAGUUUGAAGAAGCAUUCCAAAGCAGAGACUGUGAAUUUGACUGAACUAAUAGUAGAGUACUUUCAGUCCUAGCUCAACAAUAAGGAUUCAAGUAUUGUGGAUUCAGAGAAAAAUGCCCCAUACAAAAAGGAAUUGAGCAUUUGGAAAUUUCCCAAAUUCCUUAUAAUCCAGAUUCAGAGAUUUGAGACAUUCGUGAAUAAAGUUAAUUCAUAUUAGCAGAAUGUGUUCUACCCAGUAGAUAGCCUUGACCUUAGAAGAUUCGCUAAUACCUCAAAGGAUGACAGUGUUAAAAAGGCUGUUUAUAAUCUCUAUGGGACUGUCUAACUUGCAAAGCUUAAUAAUUCCCACAGAUUCAAUUCAAGUGUGUUUAAUAGUAAGGAGGAAAAAUGGUAUUUGUAUGAGGAGUAGGAAUAGGUCUCUCAAUCAGGAAUUGAAAGUCCUAGUAAAAAUGCAUACAUACUAUUUUACCAAAGAGUUGAUGCUCUCACUCAUAAAUUUGAAUGA